CACUCCUCUUGCUUUGUUACUUGUGAACACUAUUUUCAAUGUAAAUGAUCAAUUUAAAGAAAUUAUUGUGAUUUCUCUCUCCACAUUUAUAAAAUUUCCACUCUCUGAACUUUCGUUUGUGACACAACAUGUCUGUGAGCGUAUAUAUAGUUAGUAAAGCGGGUGGAAUGAUUUAUCAGUACGAUCAUAAUGUCGUACCAAUUGAAUGCGAAAAAACUUUCAGUUAUCCUCUCGAAUUAGUGCUUGAAUACACUAAUAAUAGGACAAUGGUAACGUUUGGCCAAAUCGACACAAUCAAAGUUGGCCAUAUUGUCUUAUCUAUCAAUGGCAUACCAGUCAUAGGAAAGAAGCUGAAUGAUGGGCGAGAUGUAUUUGAAGUCUUGAAAGAUGAACAAAAUUACCCAAUCAAUAUCAAAUUUGGGCGACCCAGACUUGGAACUAAUGAGAAAAUUGUUUUAUCAAGUACCUUCCAUUCGUUAUUUGCAAUUGCUUCUCAACUAUCACCUGAGCCACACUGCUCUGGAAUUGAAGUAAUAGAAGCUGACACAUUUAAGCUGUAUUGUUAUCAAACUAUUACAGGUACAAAACUUAUUGUUGUUGCUGAUCCUAAGCAAGCUGGAAUAGAAAAUUUAUUGAAGAAGAUUUAUGAGUUAUAUGCAGAUUAUGCUUUAAAAAAUCCUUUCUAUUCAUUAGAGAUGCCUAUUAGGUGUGAAUUGUUUGAUACUAAUCUCCAAGCAACAUUGGAACAACUGGAAAAGACUAGUGUUAUCAAUAUAUAAAUAUAUUUUCAUUAAUGUACUUAUAGUUUUACAUUUCUUUCAAAUUACUUUUUUUCAUGUUGCCUGCUUUGAGUAUUUAUUUUCAGUUUUCCUUAGCAAUCAUUCUCCUUUCACAUCAAAUUGUUGAUUUAAUUUGUCCCUAUGUUUUUUUUUAUCAUUAGUAAUAAAACGUAUGGUAGUCUAAUUUAACAUCACUUUUUGUGAUGCUAAUCCUAUUUAAAAUUUCAGGGGCAGAACUGAAAUUUCUUCUAAGAAGAGAUUUUGGUUCAUAAUAUUUUUUGCAGAAGUUGAUCUCCUUUUAGUUGUGUGAGUCCAUUAAUUUAAAAAUGUUAUAUGUUCCCCUUACAGUUGAUUCAUAAUGUAUGAUUUGUUUGAGUAUAUAAUUUUUUUAAACAUAACAAACAACUUUUCUUAAGUAAUAGUCUUUUUUUAACUAUACAAUUUCAAUAAAACAGAACCAGAAAAAUAUAUUCUGGAGCAAACAGUAAGUGAGGAUUCAGUUGUAGAUAGUUUGCUUAAAUAUUAUACAAUGAAUAGGAAUUCAUAAAAGUAUUUAAAAGCAAAAUAUUGAAGAAAACUUUUUGCUUUGCUUUCUAAAAUAUAUAUCUACUAUACAUUGAUAAAUGUAUAGUAGUAUGUAUGUAUAUACCCCCCCCUUUCUCUUUUAAUAUAUUUUGUGUAACAAUGGAAAUAGAUUAUUUUUUGUUUGAAGUUAUUUCAACUUUUAUUGUAUAUUUAUUUAUUGUACAUAAUAAAGAA